UAACUCUGCAUUUCAUAAAACAUUGAUUCAAUACAAUUGAUGUCGUUUUCGUGAACAUAUUUCAUUUAUUUCUUGUAAUAAUAAGGGAAACAAAUUAAUAAUGUUCUGUAAACUAGUUUGUUUUAAUAUUUUUAUUUGAGGAUAAGUUACACAGAUUAAUCAGAAAAUGAAAUAUCUUUUCAUUAUCUUUAUAAGUCCAGUUCUUUGUCAAUAUGCGAUGGAAAAUGCAAUGAGACCUGAUGUGAGAUUCGGAGAGGAAAAUGACAGAUUUGACCUGACCAACUUUAUAAGAAGACAGAAGAAAAUAUACAAAGACCAAACAGCUUUCGACCCACAGUCAGAAGAAUAUCGAAGAAGGGGUAAAGAGGACAAAUCCUGGAUGGACCUCUUCAGCACCAAAAAGGAUAGAAAGAAAAUAAGGAACUUUCUGAUUAAAAGAAUAGAAGAUCAGGCCAAUCAGAUUGCAAACACCUUAAUAACAAAACUGCGAUCUCUGAGACGGCACGAAGGUGAUUUUGCUUAUCACGACAAUAUGCUUAGCGAUGAGACAAACGCUAAUGACUACGAGAGGAAUUUAAUGACUUUCAAUAAUAGUACCGAUUUAAAAGAAAAAUCCAAGUCUCGACGUUUGCAGGAUAUAGUACACAGGCUGCAUGGACAGGAAACACGAAGGAUAGUGAUAAAGCCGGAGAAAGAAAUACUAUUGCAUUACGCUCUACCGCUUAAAAUGAAAAUAGAGGGAUUCUUACAGGCGCCGUUAAAGGGAAAUAAUAAAUAAAUUACGCUUU